UUCUGCUGACGUCAUCACAGCCUCAUCCAUUCGCUGGCCGUGUGCUCGCCACUAGGGGUCCACCCCGCGCCUUGUUGUGUGCUAUGUGGGUGAAGCGCUGCGGAUGGAGCAGCAUUUAAACGUCAUUGACCGGAAGACGUUAUCGAAUAGGGAAGUUGCAAAUGUACCGGGAAGCGGCUGUGACUGAACUAAAUAUUGUGGGAAUCCAACCUCAAGCAGAAAACAGUCUACAGAAAGAAGCCCAGAUUACGUGGAACUGUGUUGCUUACCAAGCAUGGCUGUACAAGAGCCAAGAAAGGCGAGAUCGGUCAGUCUUGCAGGAAUUGCUCAAAUCUCCAAUGAUAUCUCCAGAAAGUUCUUGGAUCGCAGCGAUCUGUGCCGGCUCCUACGAAUUGCUUCAAAUUUCCUUAAAGAUCAUACUCAGGUGUUGGUGGAACUGGAUAGUUUCUUUGUUCACGAUCCAAGUGCCAAAAUAAAGUUGGUGUUUGUUGAAGACACUGUUUUGGUGAAGAACAUUUUUGUUAUGUCCUCUUCUAUGCAGGAACACGCUCAAAGAUCACCUGAAAAUCUUUAUGUUGAUCUGCAAACUAAUAUUGGCCCAGGACUGAACAUGUACAGCGUGUCUUGUGAGGAUGAGUCUGGUUGGAACAUGUGUGCUUGUUGCAUAUCAAAAACCAUCAACCAGGACACAGUGAGAUUUCUCAUCGUUUCUGUUUUGCAAAGUAUACCAAAAAUGAAAGUUCAGAUCAAAACUAUCACAAUUCAUCCAGAGAUCGCCGAUUUCAGAGACCUGAAUAACCUCGUACCGAAUGCCACUAUCAAGCACUGCAUGUCACUAAUUGUCAGAGUGAUCGAGGGGAAGAUUGCUCAUUUACCACCUCCCACCCAGUCACAGAUUAAAAAUGUUUUACAAGCCCUGUGUUUUGCCCGUUCCCUAAAAAUCUACAAUCGUCACCUCAAUGAGUUGAGAUCUUUAUGCCCAGUAGAUGUUUAUCAGUACUACAUUGACACGUGGCAUCCUAACAGAAAAGAAUGGUGUACAAAGGACAACAACAGAGUCAAAACGGAGAAAUCGUUAUAUUCUUACUCUGGGGCUCUACAAUACACACUUUCAUCAAAAAUGGGGAUUUUGCCAUCGUUGCACCAGUGCCUCUGUGUCAUUUUACGUGAGACCCUCGAGUUACAAAGUGUACCGGAUACUUUACUUGAGUUCUAUACUGAUAUUGUGCCUGUCACUACAACGACAACACCACCACCACCAGCUGAUAUUGCUUCUGAAGAGGUUUGUGGCGAUGUAAAAAAUGAACUGGAGCAAUUGGAGUUUUACAGCUGGGAUGACUUUCAGUCCUUUCUAAGCAUUUGGUGUGAAGAACGGAAAAUAUUAUUUGUCAUUCGCAAUUCUGUGCCCUUGAGCAGUGAAGACAUGAGCCCUGAGUCAGUGCAGACUCUGAAGUACAGUAUGGUGAACCUUGGAUGCAGCAGUUAUACCAGGAAGCGCUGCCCAGCUACUAUUCAGCUACGACUGGGUCCAGAAAUGGACAAACUAAUAAUCACAAAGGCUGACCUCCAUCAUAGCCAUGACUCCGAGAUAGACCUUCCGUCUCGUUUUACAAAAGAACCCGAACCCUUUGUGGAAGCCCCAGCAACGUUGUUUUUCGAGAUCUCUGAUAAAUUCAUGGAUCGCGCUGAUUUGACAAAGCUUCUGCGUUUACACUUCCCAUUUGGCAGGGAAUCUCAAUUUCUGGAUGAACUGGAAUCCCUUUUUAAUACCGAUCCUGGCGCAAAGGUGAAAUUGACUUAUGCCGAUGAAAAGUUUACAGUGAGAAAUAUCUUCUUGAUGACAACUGGCAUGCAGAAUUUGCUCCAGCAUUUCUCCGAGCGCCUGUUUAUUGCCUAUCUUCCAAGUCUAAAUCAGGAAUUUUCUUUGUAUUCUGCCUUGUGUCAGGAUGAGAAUUUCACCUGGAGAGUCUGCGCUCAUUGCAUCGCCAGGAAAAACUCCACCGAGCCCUUACAGUUUGUUCUGCUUUCUCUUUUGCAAGUCAAUCCUAAUUUGAACAUGCAAUUAAAGUAUUUGACACUGAGCCCGGACAUUCAGAACUGUUCGGAUACCCAGGCUCUGUUUCCCAGUGUCAAAGUAAAGCAUUGCUUACCAUUUGUGUUUGAAUUCAUGCAUCGGAAAAUUUCAUUCUUAAGUCAAAUGGAGCAGUCUCAGAUUAAAAACCUGCUCGUCAACCUGGCCCAAGCUUCCUCCACCGACACCUACACACAGUACCUUAAUGAUUUGAAGGCUGCCUGCCCCGAUGAAGUGUUUCAGUACUAUUUUGAUAACUUCCAUUCAUGUUGGAAUUCAUGGUCCGGGAAGGACAGCCAAACAGUCGAUGCAGAAAACUCCGUUUGUGAUUUUGUAAGACUCUUUCACCAAGAAAUAAGAACACAUUUGGGUACAAUGCCUUCUUUAAGCCAAUGCCUGCAUGCCAUACUCACUGAAGACCAGGCUCAUGAUCAGGAGCCUGCAGAAUCAAGCAAUACAUGCAUGAUGGACGAAAGCACUUCUACCUGUCAAACAGAUACCACGAGCAAAUUGAACACACAAGAGCAAGAUGGUGGACAAGAUGGAAGCACGGAGGUCAUUACUGCUGAUGCUUCUAAAAAGGACUGUGAAGACAUUGCAAACACGCAAUUACAUGGCAGGGAGUUUCAGAGCUGGGACGACUUUUGUGUUUUCUUGCAAGAAUGGAGUAAAGAAAAGUACGUUCUACGUUCAUCUUCUUCACUCCUGGAAGAGGGUGGUAAUGAAGAACUUGGCGUUCGAAAGGCUGCAGACAUCUUGAAGUACAGCUGGGCACAACUUUCCUGCAGUUGGAAGAACUGCCCGGCAUUAAUUGAGCUGUCACUAAAUCCCCAGAAAGAUAAACUUCUGGUCACACAAUGCAGCCAGAACCAUAUCCAUGUCAUGGAAGAUCCCACCGAUGCUCCUCCAGAGAAGAAGUUUAAGCCCUCGUCUGCUGUAGGAUUACCGGCCCAGGUGGCAAACAACAUCUCUAAGAAGUUUCUGGAACCGAGCGAUUUAAAAAGGCUUCUGCGCUUCCGCUCCGGUGCAUUCGAAGACCGGACACAAGUUCUGGCAGAGCUGCAGUCGCUUUUCUUUUCUGACCCAGAUGCAAAAGUCAAGCUGGUGUUCGUGGAGGAUAAAUUACAUGUGAAGAAAAUCUUUCUGAUGACCUCUGCUAUGAGAGACCGGGCUCAGAAUCACCCAGAGAAUUUGUUCAUUGAUUUGUUUAAAGAAUUCAGCACAAGUUUUGACUUGUAUACCAUUUUUUGUGACAUAAAGGGAGAAGGAUGGACUCCGUGUGCUUACUGCAUUGCAAAAAAACAGCUCGACGGCAUCAUUCCCUUCCUUACAGGUUUGCUUUGUGAGAUCAUCCCCACAAUCAGUAAAAAGGUAAAACAUUUAACCAUCAACCCUGAUAUCCUAGAGCCAAUUAACCUGGAGAGCCGUUUACCGCAUGCCCACGUGAGGUACUGUAUGCAUGCGGUAUUAAAUCUAUUGUACAGUCGCAUAUCCCACCUGGAUAUGAUGUCUGAGGCCCAGAUCAAGAACUUCCUCCAUAUCAUUUCCCAGACAUGUUCAGUUAAGGUCUAUGACCGAUAUCUCAAUGACCUGAAGGCCAUUUGUCCAGCAGAGGUGUUUCAAUAUUACCAUGACACCUGGCACCCUCGCAGGAAAAUGUGGGUAAAGAAGGAUAACAGGACUGAAGAGUCCGAGAGGAAUUUAUAUGAUUUAGUUUCUGCGAAUCAUGCAAAGCUCAAGGCAGAUGUGGGCUUUAUGCCCUCCUUGUAUCAAUGCCUCUGUUCUGUACUUGGCAGCAAAGUGAAAAGCUCAGCGGACGGUCUCCACCUUCAGAAUGCUGACAUUGCAUCGUUCUGUGAUUAUGAGAAGUCUGCUCUCUCACCCUCGUCAAAUCAGCAGGGACAAGACACGCCUGUAUUGACAUCAAUUAAUGAAGGAACUCUCCACACAACUGCUUCCUCAGAAAAUUCUACAGAUGAGAAGCAAACGGACCAAAUGUGUUAACUGACACUUCGUUUGAAUCAUGUCCAUCCUGCGCUUGCUGUGUUUUCUGGUUCAUCUGAAGCAUGAAUGGAGUCUGUCAUCUCUGAACAUGAUCAUGGCAUUGGGCUGGUCAGGUCACCUGACCCACACAGUUUCUGAUUUACUGUUCUCUUUCUACAAGUCUUUCUCCUCUCUAUAGUCAGUAUUUUGGGAGUGCAUGUAAAUAUAGAUUGUUUUCCAGA